ACAUUCAAAAAAAAGUUUAAUCACAAACACUAAAAAUUUUGUUUUGUUUUUUUUUUCAUUUUAGCCAAGAGUAACCCAAAGAUAUAAUCCGACCUCUGCAACUUUGGACUGCAAGCUGAGGUGAAGUUGAGAGAGAAAAAGCAGAGGCGAUGACGACGCGUAUUGCUCCGGGUGUUGGGGCGAACCUUCUCGGCCAACACUCCGCCGAGCGCAACCAAGACGCCACCGCCUACGUCGGCAAUCUCGAUCCUCAGGUUACAGACGAAUUAUUAUGGGAGCUAUUUGUUCAAGCCGGCCCUGUUGUCAAUGUAUAUGUCCCCAAGGAUAGAGUCACUGGCGCCCAUCAAGGAUAUGGCUUUGCAGAGUUCCGGAGUGAAGAAGAUGCGGACUAUGCAAUAAAGGUCUUGAAUAUGAUCAAAUUAUAUGGGAAACCUAUCCGAGUUAAUAAGGCCUCACAAGAUAAGAAGAGUGUCGAUGUUGGGGCUAAUCUGUUCGUUGGGAAUCUUGAUCCUGAUGUAGAUGAGAAACUUCUGUACGAUACAUUCAGUGCUUUUGGAGUAAUUGUUUCAAACCCAAAGAUAAUGAGAGAUCCCGAGACUGGGAAUUCUCGAGGAUUUGGUUUUAUUAGCUAUGAUUCAUUUGAGGCUUCUGACGCGGCUAUCGAUGCGAUGACGGGCCAAUACCUUUGUAACCGUCAGAUUACUGUUUCGUAUGCGUAUAAGAAAGACACAAAGGGAGAGCGUCACGGCACACCAGCAGAGAGAGUUUUAGCUUCAAGCAACCCUAGCACGCAAAAGAACCGACCCCACACGCUCUUUGCAAGUGGACCUCCAACACUCCCUCAGAUCGGACAAGCCAACGGUACUGCUGCCGCCCCACCUCCUCCGCGGCCUUUUGCAAGCAGCCAUGUCCCCCCGCCUCCAAUUCCGGCGAUGCGUCCGCCGCCUCACAUGCAGCCACCGCCUAAUAUGUACCACCCUCCCAUGCAAAUGGCCCCGCCGCCACAGCAAUGGCAGGGUCAGCAUCCACCACAACCAGGCAUGGUGCAGCAGCAGCAGAUGCAGCAGUUCGGAGGGAUGGCUGCACCGCCACCGCCGCCGCAAGUGGCUCCGCCGCUUAACAGGCCUCCACCACCCCCUAUGGGAAUGGGUGCUCCUUCUCUCUGGCGGCCACCUCCUCCACCACAGCAACUUAGCGGUGGCGGUGGCCACCAUUCUUUCCCUCAAAUGCCAAUGCAGCCACCGCCGCCUCCCAACUAAUCCAUCCUUCGGGGAAUACGAUGAGCUGAGCAUUGGCAGGUUGGAGAAAUACUAUUUUCUCAGAGACCAUACCAAAUGAAUGUGAUAUAUUGGGUUUCCUUCCAAAUCGAUGCUCAUGCCAAUCAGGGCAAUAUAACUUCCGUUUUUUAUACGUUUGAGGAUAAAUUUUUGAAUUCAUUUGGCAGUUAAACUCCUUUUGGGAUUUAGAGAGUGUACUAUUUAGUGGUAGCAUUACAUUACAUUACCUUUGGUAAGGAAAAAAAACGCCAAAGUUUGUCUUUUGGAUGGGGGAGUUAAUUGCUUCAGAACUGACACCACCCCCAAACCCAUAGAUUAACUAUGCAAUGCACCAAACUAUCAUGAUAAUCAACGUGGGGGUUCAUU